GCUUGAGAAUAAUGUCGUAGGAAUUCUUUUUUUCGUGCAGAGCUCUCUAUUUAAUAGCAGUGUCAACACGUCCCAAUUUCUUCUCCAUCAGCAUACCAAUUAUUCUAUCAAGCUUGAUAAAGCAACAAUUGACUCAGAAAUCCUCAAUCGAAUUCCUAUUCCAAAAGAACUUUAGCAAUGGCAGGUCACUAUAAAGCAACACCAGAAAUGUUCGCCGAACGUGCUUCUAACAGCGAUGGAUUCAAGUCGCUACCCCUAUCUCCUAAAGCCUUCAAUGAACCGCAAUUCUCUGGGUUCAUGCGCCCUGUACGAUUCGAGGGUGAGAUAAAUAAUCUGGAAAUUGAGGGAAGUAUCCCAUCUCAGAUUCGUGGGACAUUCUAUCGUGUUAUGCCCGAGCCACAAUUUCCAAACUACUUGCCCGGUGAUCCUUGGUUCAAUGGCGACGGAAAUGCAAGUGCCUUUCGAAUUGCUGACGGCCAUAUCGACCUGAAGCAAAGAUAUGUUCGUACCGAGAAAUUCACACGUGAGGCUGCUGCACGGCGAGCUCUAGCUGGUAAGGAAUCCAUCAAUUUUCCACUACCGCCAUAUGCCAUGACGUCCUACCAACGAUCGAGAACAUUAAACUUGUUCAGUGACUCUGUCGAUAUCUCCAAGCAAAGAAUUGAGACACCAUGGGAGUAUGAUCUUGUAUAUCGAAAUAGAUACACAGACGCCGUAGCACUUGAAAUCAAAUCUACAGCAAAUACUAACGUCGUCUACUGGCAUGGCAAGUUGCUUGCUCUGAAGGAAGACUCUCCUCCAUACGCCAUGGACCCGGAAACAAUUGAGACAGUUGGUCUCUGGGACUUUAAUGGUCAACUUACCAGUUUGACAUUUACAGCCCAUCCUAAGUUUGAUCCAAUAACCAGGGAAAUGGUCUGCUUUGGCUACGAGGCGAAAGGUGAUGCUACUUUAGACGUUUGUUACUACAGUAUUGAUGCCAAUGGCUCGUUCAACGAGACUGUCUGGCUACUGGCCCCAAUAUGUGGCAUGUUUCACGACUUUGGUAUUACUGAAAACUACGUUAUUUUCCCUAUGAUUCCUCACAUCUGCGAUUUGGAUCGUUUGAAAGCUGGGGGGGGGGGGGGAGCACUGGCAAUGGGACAGCGAGGUUCCAAUGCACAUCGUGUCCUGCCCCGAAGAGGUGCCAGUGGAUCAGACGUGAAGUGGUUCCGCGCACCUCACGGGUUUGCGGGGCAUGUCGCUAACGCUCCCGAAGAUGAGAAUGGUCACAUCGUCCUCUCAAUGGCGUACUCAAGAAAGAAUGUAUUUGUCUGGUGGGCUGACAAGAAUGGAGACGCCCCGAGCCCGGGAGAAGCCCAAUGCGACUUUGUGAGUUUCAGUAUCGACUACAAGUCUCCUGAUUUGGAUUUGAAAGUGUCCACGAAAAUGGUAGAAGAGGACAUGGAAUUCCCGCGCAUUGAUGACAGAUACGUAUCAACCUCCUUCACCAAGGCGCUGUUUAAUGUCAUGGACCCCGCAGCUGGAACAGACAUGAAGGUCAUUGGGCCAAACCUUGGCGGUGGCCACCCUCUUUAUAACAGCAUUGGGCUUUACGAUACCAAGACCAGAAAGUACGAGAAAUACUUUGCAGGCCCCCACAAGCUCUGCCAAGAACCUGUCUUUAUUCCACGAGACAAAGGAGCGAAAAAGUGCGAUGGGUUUGUGAUGGCGCUACUCAACAACUAUGCCGAGAUGACAAGCGAGCUGGUGAUUCUAGAUACCGCCGAUAUGAGUAAACAUGUCGCAUUGGUCAAAUUGCCCAUCAGAUUGAGGACGGGACUUCAUGGUAAUUGUGUUGAUUCCGCAGAUGCUGAUGGCCAUCCUUCGAUUUAGUUCCUGUCGUAGUGAAUACGAAUAACUUAUUAUUUUAAAG